CGGAGGGAUUUCAUGUACACUGAAGUACGCUAACAGUUUUGCCAAGCGCGAUAAGGAACCGUCCACAUCUACACAUUAGCUAAAGUUAGGUAGGGUAAGGUAACGAGAAACAAUUUUAGUAAGGUAAAGCGAGUCUUUUAAAACAAGGUUGAUGAUUUUAUCAAUCAUUGUUAUAGUUUAAUAAAGGGUAAAAUAUUAUCCUAUGGACGACCAGCUGUUUUGAAGAAUAUUUGAACUGCCUCAGGUAACGUUGAAUUCAAAAUGUCUCUGCACGGGAAAAUUGUUGUAAUCAAAAGGAGUGGCGGAGAUGGGACUGAGUUUCCUCUGACUGCAUCAUGCUUAUUUGGAAGGAAACCUGACUGCGACAUUCGCAUUCAACUUCCCCAUGUCUCCAAGGAGCAUUGCAGGAUUGAUUUGAAUGAAAAUAAAGAGGUUAUUUUAACUAAUUUGAGUUCAACGAACCCGACCCGUGUCAAUGGGGAGGUUUUUCAGCAGUCUGAACGUUUGAAACAUGGAGAUCUAAUCACAAUUAUUGACCGUUCUUUCAGGUUUGAAUACCCUCCAGCACCCACUCCAAAGAAAAAUAGAUAUUCUACUGCUAGCAAAAGUGAAACUCCUCAGGUUUUACAUGAAACCCAAGCGAGGGAUACCAGCGCUAAAGAUGGAACCAACACUUCUGAUGUCAAACCCAAGGAGGAUGGAAGUCUUGAACAGAACAAACCAAUCUCCCCCUUCUGUGAGCUGUACCAAAUGUUCAAACAAGAUCUGGAUUCCAAGACUCCAAAGAAAGCACUUGGAACACCUGCUUCGAGGCUUUGCCCACAGAACCUUAUCUCAACCAGGAAAGUGGAUGGGGUGUCUGUCAAUUCCACACCCAAUAAGGCGGAGACUGAAAAUGUGUCACCUGUCACUGGAGUGACUCCAAAAUCAGCUCAGGAGAAGCGAAAGUCCCUCAAAGGUCGGGUUGUUGAGGGGAAUGUGCCAGUCGAAGAUUUCAUCCAACUGCCUCCAUCUAUUCUUGAAACUCCCAAAGGUAAAAGGCGUUCUUCAAAGUCCAAAACACCCAUCACUGUCGAAGAAAAAUCCACCCCUGUUUCUCAGAGGAAAAGUCGCCCGGCAACCCCCGAGAAGUUCACUGCUAGUGAAGUGGUUCAGCAGACUUCUGAGUGUCCGACUGCAGAAACCCUUACGACCCCCACUAGGAGGAGGAGCAAGGAAGCCACUCCUAUCAAAUCUUUGAUAACUGGGGUAGAACCACCUGCUGACGCUGUCGUCUCAAACCAAGACCAGAUCAUACUAACUGAGAAUUCCACGCCAAGUACUCCUAAAACCGAGCACUCCCGCUCUCCAAGGCCUGCUGGGAAAAAGCUUCAAGCCCAGGAUGUGCUUUGUGAGCUGGAGGUGACCACACCCAUCAAUGUUAAACAGUUGUCUGCUAAGAAACGGAAGAGUGGAGACCUUGAAACUGAAUUUCCAACACCUCUGUGCAAGAGGAAAAGGGUUUCAUUUGGAGGUCAUUUGGAGCCGGAACUGUUCGAUAAACGUCUUCCUCCUGACUCCCCACUAUGCAAAGGAGCCACUCCUGGACUGCGAAGCCUGUGUGCCCCCAAAAUGAAACGGUCACUCCUCAGGAGAGCGUCUGCAACUGGUCUGAUAAAGGAGCAUGAACAAUCUGCCCCAGAGAGUCUUACCGUGAAAGGAAGUCCAGGAAAGAAGGCAUCUGCCAAGACUCCCUCUCCCGCCAAGAAGUCACCGACGGCAUCUGCCAAGACUCCCUCUCCCGCCAAGAUGUCACCGAAGGCAUCUGCCAAGACUCCCUCUCCCGCCAAGAAGUCACCGAAGGCAUCUGCCAAGACUCCCUCUCCCGCCAAGAAGUCACCGAAGGCAUCUGCCAAGACUCCCUCUCCCGCCAAGAAGUCACCGAAGGCAUCUGCCAAGACUCCCUCUCCCGCCAAGAAGUCACCGAAGGCAUCUGCCAAGACUCCCUCUCCCGCCAAGAAGUCACCGAAGGCAUCUGCCAAGACUCCCUCUCCCGCCAAGAAGUCACCGAAGGCAUCUGCCAAGACUCCCUCUCCCGCCAAGAAGUCACCGAAGGCAUCUGCCAAGACUCCCUCUCCCGCCAAGAAGUCACCGAAGGCAUCUGCCAAGACUCCCUCUCCCGCCAAGAUGUCACCGAAGGCAUCUGCCAAGACUCCCUCGCCUGCCAAGAAGUCACCGAAAGCUAAAACUCCAUCUCCAGGUAAAGAGAAGACCCCGAAAACCGCUGUCAAGACUCCAUCUCCUGCUCGAAGAAAGUCUCCAUUAAAAGAUGAAUCUCAAACACCCAAGGCUGGGAAAACUCCCAAGACCCCUGCAAAUUUGCCAUCAGCCAACACGACACCCACCAUGCAAGGCCGGUUCUCAGUGUCCCUCGUCAGCACCCCAUCACCCACCGCAGACCAGGACUCUGUCCUACAGCCGUCUGUCACUGUAACGCCUCGUGUUCCCUUGAGGCGAACGACCAUGUUGUCUACCUCGAAGACACCACAGAAAAGCGCAAUGAAAAAUGCCCUUCAAGUCAUCCGUAGAAGAAGUGGUGUUUCUCGGGCAUCUAUGAAAGUUGUGAAUUCCUGGGCUGACAUUGUGAAGUUUGGCCAGACCAAGACCCAAGCUGUUAUCCCAACCAAGAAAACUUCCACCCGAGUGACUAAGAAGAAGACUGUUGUACCAAAACCGAAGACACCUGUGAGGAAACUCAUAGGACAUGUCAGCACUGGUCAUGCAGAUUCACCUGUGACCAUUGUUGUGGGCAAAGCUCACAGGCUGAAAGCCAUUCAGCCAAAUGGGGCUGCCCCAAAGCUUGUCCACAACAUUGCACUGCUAAAAAAGAACAUGAGAAUGGAUGAGGAUUUGUCAGGCAUUGCAGACAUUUUCAAGACCCCUGCAAGGCAGAGGAAGUCUGUGGUAAAUGUGCAGAGUGCCCUCAAGACCCCCCUGAGAGCCCAGUCUACUUCUAUGAUUGAAUCAUCAGUGAUGAAUACCCCAGAGGAGACUGGUGAAAUGGUGGUGUCUCCACUUGUUGUUUCUACUGCUAAACGGGGUGUGUACAACAGCGAUGCAGUCACUAGACUCCUUUGGGAUGGUCAAGAAUCCAGUUUCAUCACGGAGGAAGCUGACGAGUCCCGUACUACACAAAAUGAGAUUCUUGCCUUAGAGAUGUCUUCAGAAGAAUCGAAGAAAGAACAGCGGCCAGAAUCAAAAAAAUCUAUUUCGACUCCCAAACAGAAGAAACCUGAACAACCCGAGUGUCUCACUGGUGUGAAGAGGAUCAUGAAGACCCCAAGACAGAAGAUGCAACCCAUUGAAGACCUCAGAGGAAAACUGAUGACAACUCCCAAACAGAAACUUGAGCAACCUGAGUGUCUCACUGGUGUGAAGAGGAUCAUGAAGACCCCAAGACAGAAGGUGCAACCCAUUGAAGACCUCAGAGGAAAACUGAUGACAACUCCAAGAGGGCCUAAGGCUUCUCAGGAAGUGAGCUUUGCUGGUGUAAAGGAACUCCUGACGACCCCCAAACAAAUCGCUGAACCUGUUGAAGAGCUUUCUGGUAAUGCCCAUGAUGACAACGUCCACAGUGAGACAAAAGAGAUUCACGGUGACGCUAUUUCUCCUAAAUGCCUCUCAGGUAACGUUGAAUUCAAAAUGCCACUGCAUGGGAAAAUAGUUGUAAUCAAAAGGAGUGGCGGAGAUGGGACUGAGUUUCCUCUGACUGCAUCAUGCUUAUUCGGAAGGAAACCUGACUGCGACAUUUGCAUUAAACUUCCCGAAGUAUCCAAGGAGCAUUGCAGGAUUGAGUUGAAUGAAAAUAACGAGGUUAUUUUAACUAAUUUGAGUUCAACGAACCCGACCCGUGUCAAUGGAGAGGUUUUGCAGCAGUCUGAAUGUUUGAAACAUGGGGAUCUAAUCACAAUUAUUGACCGUUCUUUCAGGUUUGAAUACCCUCAAGCACCCACUCCAAAGAAAAAUAGAUCUUCUAAACAGAACACUCCAAGAGGGCGUAAGGCUCUUCAGAAAGUAAGCUUAGAUGGUGUGAACACCCCCAAACACAUCGCUCAACCCGUUGAAGAGAUUUCUGGUGACGCCCAAGAGAUUUCUGAUGCCAUGACAACAGAGGCAGUGGAAGAGCUUGCUGCUGCUCUUGAUGAAGCAGUGGAGGAAGAACAACCUGCUCCUCUUGCUGAGGCAGUGCAGGAGGUAGAAGAGCCAGUUUCUGUACCUGCUGAGGCAGUGGAGGAAGAACAACCUGCUCCUCUUGCUGAGCCCGUUGCUGCACCUGCUGAGGUAGAAGAGCCCGUUGCUGCACCUGCUGAGGCAGUGGAGGUAGCACAUCUUGACAUUGAAGAGCCUUCUGUUCCAGUAAAAGGUAGAAGAAAGAAAACUGAGGGGAUUGUGCCACCACCUGCUAGAGGGAGAUUGGCAAAGUGUAGUGAAACCAGUAGCGUUGAGGCACCAGCAGAAACUAUGGACUCUGUGGAUGUCCAGGAUAAAAUGGCAGCUGACCCAGUUCCUGCUGAAAAGCCCAAGAGUGGAAGAAAGGCCAAAUGGGCUUCUAUAGAGCGAGUUGAAUCAGUGCAGGAGAAUGCUGUUGAAAGUGAGAGUGCUGAAAUUCCUCCAAUUGAGGACCAGCAGCCAACUUCUGAUGUCCCUGUGGAGAAACCCAGAAGAGGAAGAAAGGCCAAACGGGCUUCUGUAGAACAAGUUGAAACAGUGUUGGAGAACACUGUUGAAGCCGUGAGUGUUCCUGUCACUGAGAAGGUUGAGGCCCAGACUCCAGUCGUUAGAUCUAAGAGAGGAAGAAAGACUAAACAGGAUUCAAUAGAAGAAGUUGAAGCGGAGGUUCUUGAAAUUUCUCCAAUUGAUGUUGUGGAAGCCAAGGAGAUGCCUGCUAGUGUUCCUGUUGAGAAACCACGGGCAAGAGGAAGACGGGCUAAACAGGAGUUUGAAGAAGCCAAAACAAUGGAAGAAAAUGUUGCUGAAGUUGUGGCAGUUGAUAUUCCUACAGAAGAGGUGGAGGCCUCAGUCCUGUUUGCAAAACCCAAAAGAGGAAGAAAGACUAAGCAGGAGUCUGUAGAGCAAGUGGAGUCUGUGAGUGUUGAAACUCCCAUCGAACAAGUUGAGGCCCAGGAGCAGACCACUGUGGCUCCAGUUGAGAAACCCAAAAGAGGGGGAAGAAAGACUAAGCAAGCUUCUGUAGAGCAAGUUGAGCCUGAGGAUCACCCUGUUGAGUCUCUGACUGUUGAACUCCAGGAGCAGACUACCGUGGCUCCAGUUGAGAAACCCAAAAGAGGGGGAAGAAAGACUAAGCAAGCUUCUGUAGAGCAAGUUGAGCCUGAGGAUCACCCUGUUGAGUCUCUGACUGUUGAACUCCAGGAGCAGACUACCGUGGCUCCAGUUGAGAAACCCAAAAGAGGGGGAAGAAAGACUAAGCAAGCUUCUGUAGAGCAAGUUGAGCCUGUUGAGGAUCACCCUGUUGAGUCUCUGACUGUUGAGGCCCAGGAGCAGACUACCGUGGCUCCAGUUGAGAAACCCAAAAGAGGGGGAAGAAAGACUAAGCAAGCUUCUGUAGAGCAAGUUGAGCCUGUUGAGUCUCUGACUGUUGAGGCCCAGGAGCAGACUACCGUGGCUCCAGUUGAGAAACCCAAAAGAGGGGGAAGAAAGACUAAGCAAGCUUCUGUAGAGCAAGUUGAGCCUGUUGAGUCUCUGACUGUUGAGGCCCAGGAGCAGACUACUGUGGCUUCGGUUGAGAAACCUAAACGAGUGGGAAGGAGGACUAAACAGGACCCUGAGUGUGUUGUCCCGCCAGUAUCCACAGAGACUCAGGAGGAAACAUCUGCUCCCUCUACAGAGAAACCUAAAAGAGGAGGAAGACGAGCAAAGCAGCAGAAGGUUCCUGAAGUAGUGGAAGUUGAGAACAUGGUAGUGCAGGAGGUCCACCUUCCUGCACAAACUGAGGUUGAUGCUAAACCAGAGCUUGAAGAGACUGUUGCUGAUGCUGAAGAACUGCUGGAAGCUCCGGUUGUCAAACCAGGAUGGAGAGGGAAGGCAAAAGCCGUUGUGAAGGAUGAAGUGCCUGCCAAGCGAGCACGUAGAGGAGCAGCUGAUUCCACAAAGGUGCCCGCUGUUGCAGAAGCAACUGUGGAAGUUCCAACCGAGCCUGUCAAGCGAGGUAGAAGGGCAGCUAAAUCCAAAGUCUCUGCAGAUGACACCACCAUUGCAGCCGAGUGCACUCCAUUGGAGGCUGAGGUAACAGACACGGAGGUAAUGACUGCUGUGGUUAAAAAAGGACGAGGAAAACCCCCUAAAAAGGGAAAUGCUGUUUCUGAAAUGACCUCUGACCAGGCAAAUGUUAUUGAAGGCAUGGAAACCAUUGACGAAGACUCAAAAAAGACCUCAAAAUCUGUGAAUUGGAAACCUGAUUUGGAAGUUACACACAAGGUCACCCCUCUUCCUAAACAGAAGACAUCCAGACGGAAUGAUACUGUUCCUGUUACUAAGGUUGAAGAACAGCCUGAACGGAGUGAAGAACAGCAGGUUGUGAAGACAGUGCGAGGAAGAAGAGCAAGAUCUUAUGUCGAGGUCAAAGAGACCGUACAAUCAACACCCUCAAAAAGGGCACGCCAUAGCGCCAUAGAGACCUCUGCUGCUGAAGCCACGGUCCCCAUUUCAAAGGCAGUAAACGAAAGAAAUGCAGCAAGAAAUAUGAAAACUGAAGAGGCAGAUCUCUCUGAUAAAGCUGUUCCAAAGGAGCCUGUCAAAAAAACAAGACGAGCAGCAAAGUCUACUGUAGCAGCUCCCGUUGAGGCCACUAGCACUACUCCUGCUGUCCCGGAGGAAGUGCCAGAGACCAUCCCCGAAGCCACAGUUGUGGGUGCUACAAAAGGAAGAGGUAAAGCGACAAAGGGAAAAGCUGUAUCUCAGGAAAUUGACAUUGAGCAAGGUACUGAGUCGGAGCAGCCGUGUAAGCCCCGCAGAGGGAGAGCAGCUAGAAAAUAGUUUAGGCAUUCAUAGAUUUGUUUUUAAUGCUUUGUUAUAGAAAUGCUAAUGCGUGAUUGCUCAACUUAUUUUUUUGUGCUUGUCUGGUGUUAUACAUUUUUUAAAGUUACAGAUGUAUAAUUGAUUUCCUUAGCAGUGCUUUACAAUAUUAUUCAGAUUUUUGGUCUUAAUUGUGGUUAGUUUUGCUACAUUCUCUGAAUAUUUUUUUACAUUUUAAAAAGAUUGUUUGUAGAAAAAGAUUCAUAUUAAAAAUCAAAAAAUUAA